ACUCCCGAUGCCCCUUCUUUUAAAAACGCCUGAGCUCCGGUCUCCAACUCAGCAACUAAACUCACAUGAGAAAAGAGCAGCGGCUCUGCUCUGCUCCACCAGCAGCAUCUCCACUCACACCUGACAAACUGAAGUCUCAGCUCUAUCUGAAAAUUAGCACUUUUUUUCUUAAAUGAAUGUUAUAGAGGAUCUGAGAAAAAUACAAGAAAUCAUCUGUAACUGAAGGUGUGGUAUCAUGUUGGAAUUAAAUAAGGUGGCACUCCUGCUGUCUGUCCUGGCUUCAGUGGCUCUGGGCCAAGGACUUGUGAGGACCAGGAGCCAGACAGACAGGAGCAGUAGAGUGGCCUUCAACGCAUUCACUGACACACAGACAACAGGCGUGACAGAGUGGACGUCAUGGUUCAACAUCGACCAUCCUGGAGGGAAUGGAGACUACGAGCGCCUGGAGGCGAUCCGAUUCUAUUACAGGGAGAGGGUCUGUGCUCGGCCCACGGCCAUGGAGGCUCGCACCACAGACUGGGUUGCAGCAGCAGACACCGGGGAAGUGGUCCACUCCAGUCUGGAGAAGGGCUUCUGGUGCAUCAACAGGGAACAGCCCCAGGGCCGCAUCUGCUCCAACUACCAUGUCCGCUUUCAGUGUCCCCCAGUGCAGAGUUACUGGACUGACUGGAGCGAGUGGGGUCCCUGUUCAACCACGGCUUGUGAUGACGUAGGCAUCCAGGUCCGCCAGAGGAAAUGUGUGAACACCCAGCCCAUGCCUCUCCUGUUGGUGCCGGCGUGCCAGGGGCACCAUUCAGAAAGAAGAGAGUGCUCUAACCCUCCAUGUACAGCCAAGUGGAGUCCGUGGGGUCGGUGGGGGGCGUGUUCAGCGACCUGUGGCGGGGGCCGCCGGAUAAGGAGGAGGACCUGUGCGAGGACCUCAGUGACAGUUCAGUGCACUGGACGGCCUGUUGAGAUGCAGAAGUGUGGGAAGAUUCCAUGUCCAGCCAAAUGUAAGCUUGUGUGCACUGAGGGCCGCCCCAGUGAGGACUGCAGCCGGUGUACAUGUGACGACCACGUGCUGCGCGGAGAAGUCCACAGUGUGACUGGUGUCCCUGUGGCAGCAGCCUUGGUGUCCCUGGACAGCCAGCCCAAGGUGAUCCGUGCCCGAACAGAUGCCAAAGGUCAGUUCAGGCUCUUUGGAAUAUGCUCCUCCAGCUCGACUUCAAUCUCCAUCAGGAAGGAGAAGUUUUCCCCGAUCACCGUCUCCACCACCAGUAACACCACAGGGUUGUCAUGGGUACGGGCUGUCCUCAAAUCAGCUGAAAAGCCGUACAUUGUGAAACACCCAGAAGACAAAAUGCGUUAUGAAGGAGGACGGGUGAUGUUUUGCUGCAAGGCAACGGGAUCACCAACACCUGACAAAUACUACUGGUUCCACAAUGGCACUCUGCUGGACAGGAAAGUGUACAAGUAUGAGGAGGACCUUGUACUGUGGGACCUGAAGCCGGAGCAGUCUGGGCAGUACUACUGCAAGACAAGCAGCUCUGCAGGCAGCAUCAAGUCCUCUCCAGCCCUUCUCACAGUGAUCGCAAAAGGAAAGACAGCGUGCAAUUCAAACCCUGAAACGCACCUCAUCAGACUCCCGAUGGACUGUGUUCAACCUGGGACAGACUCCAUGCACUACAAUGCUGGUCGCUGCCCUCACAACAAAUGUGCUGGCUCUUUAGACUUUGAUAUGCGCUGCAGUGAUGAUUCUAGCUUCUGCUGCGGGGUCCAAAAUAUGGAGAGUCGAAUUAUUGACUGUGGGAGCUACAGCCUCCCUAUCCGGGCUGUGACACAGUGUAGCUGUCAGAAGUGUUUGCAGCCCACUGUGCUGGUUCGUGGCAGAGUGGUCACAGCUGACAAUGAUGAGCCUCUGCGUUUUGGGCAUAUCUACAUUGGUAAAGAGAGGGUGGGCACCACUGGAUACCAAGGAGGAUUCACAUUGCACAUUACUCCUGAUACACAGAGAUUAGUGGUCAAUUUUGUUGACCCUACUGAGAAAUGUAUUGACACUCCUAAAGUGUUCAUUCUUGAUAAGAAAGGUGGGUCCAUUUACCAUGAUGUGAAGGUAAUGAGAAAGCAGGCAGCAAUUGAUAUCAAUGCAGGAGAGUCCAACUCUAUUAACCUAGGGGAUAUUAAAGGAGAAGACCCCAUUGGUCACUUGGUUAUUCCUCCCAACUCCUUCCAUAAGGACAAUGGUGAAAUAUAUGAGGGAACUGUGAAAGCCAGCGUCACAUUCAUUGACCCAAGAAAUAUCACCACAGCGGCUGCCGCCCCUGGCGAUCUCAACUUUGUAGAUGAUGAGGGUGACAUGCUCCCUUUGAGGACCUAUGGCAUGUUCUCUGUGGACUUCAGAGAUGAGACCAACAAAGAGGUACUUGGAGCUGGAGCUGUUCAAGUAUUUCUCGACACACAACACGUUAAAAUGCAAGAGCACAUUCCCAAAAUGAAACUGUGGUCUUUAAACACAGACACAGGAGUCUGGGAAGAAGAGAGUAACUUCUCCUACACCACAACUACUGGUGGUCAUGGGCGGAGCAAGCGAGAGGACCGCACAUUCCUCAUAGGCAACAUGGAGAUCAGAGAGCGAAGGCUCUUUAAUUUAGAUGUGCCUGAAAACAGACGGUGCUACGUCAAAGUCCGAGCCUACAUGAGUGACAAGUUCCUACCUAGUGAACAACUGGAGGGUGUUGUGAUCAGCUUGAUAAACUUGGAACCCAAACCUGGAUUUUCCUCUAAUCCUCGGGCAUGGGGCCGUUUUGACAGUGUCAUAACUGGAUCCAACGGAGCCUGUUUACCAGCUUUCUGUGAUGCCCAAAUGCCUGAUGCCUACACAGCCUAUGUCACAGCAAUGAUAGGUGGGGAAGAACUGGAGGCAGCUCCAUCCGCCCCCAAGAUGAAUCCAAACAUCAUUGGAGUGUCUCAGCCAUAUUUGGAUAAAAUAAACUACCAGCGCUCAGACCACGACGAUCCAGCUUUAAAGAAAACAGCCUUCAAAAUCAACUUGGCAAAGCCAAACCAAAAUAAUUUUGAUGAGACCAAUGGGCCAAUAUAUCCUUAUCAGAGUUUAAUAGGUUGUGAAAAUGCCCCUAUUGAUGCCAAUCAUUUCAGAUUCUUCAGAGUAGAAAAGGACAAAUACGAAUACAAUGUUGUCCCCUUUGAGGAGAAUGAUUUGACAACCUGGACAGGAGACUACCUCUCCUGGUGGCCAAACCCCCAAGAGUUCAGAGCGUGUUAUAUUAAGGUCAAGAUCCAAGGACAGAAGGAAGUCAUGGUCAGGUCAAGGAAUCUGGGAGGAACACACCGGGAAACGAAAGGCAAACUUUACGGCAUAAGAGACAUUCGCAGCACCCGUGACAUGCGAGAGGCCAACGCUUCAGCAGCCUGUUUAGAGUUUAAAUGCAGCGGCAUGUUGUUUGAUCAAGCUGAGGUGGACAGAUCCAUCAUAUCAGUCCUUCCACAGGCGAACUGCCGCAGAACUGGCACCAACAGCCUCCUACAAGAGUAUCUCAUCAAACAUCCACCAGUUGCUCAAAAUAAUGAGUCCCAUGGAUUCACCAUGCUAGCCCCUGUUGAUCCUUUGGGACACAACUAUGGCAUCUACACAGUCACAGACCAGAACCCCAGGGUGGCCAAGGAGAUUGCUAUAGGCCGCUGUUUUGAUGGCACCUCUGAUGGUUUCUCCAGGGAGAUGAAGUCAGACUCUGGAGUGGCGCUGACCUUCAGUUGUCCAGAGAGGAAAAUUAACAGAGAAAGCCUAUUCCAACGCCUGCAGACCAACCCCAGUCAGACUUUGUCUCAGAUGGCGAGGAACAUGAGGGAGUCGGAGGGUCUGCAAGGAUUAUCAUCCCAGAUUGUGGCCUAUCCUUCAGAGCAGCAGGGCAGGACCCAGAGUCGCAGAGUCAGCUCUACAACAAGGAGGAGAGCGUCCAUGCGCACACAGCAACGUCAAUAGAUGUUCCAAGGUCUUCUGUCAAGACUGAUAGGAUGUCAUCAAAUCGAGGGAGUAAAAAUCACCUGUCUGUUGAAGAGUAUUAAGUCCUUCUUGACUAUGGAAACCACAAAACCAAAGCAGGCAGCAAAUUAAAAGAUAUACAUUUCCUAUAUACUUACUUGAAGGGUUUGGUAUAUUAAUUUCUUCCUUCCCUCCUGAAAGACAUGCAUCAUUUGACUUUAUGGAAGGCAGUGACUGGCAUUUACUUAAUUAGCUUCGGUGUAAUUUUAUGUAUAAAUAGACUAAAUUGACGUUUCAGAAUGAAACUUUUAUAGUUUUAAUUUGUGGCGUUCCAAUUUUUUUAUGCUGACGUCUCUCAACGCUGGAGUUGAAACCAAACAUUCACAACUUUAAAUACUACGCCUGGCCCCAAACACCUCAUAAUUCACUGUUGCUUUCCACUGAGCUUCUCUUCAAGAUCAGAAAGAAACCAACUUGAGGUCCUUGUUGUCUGCAGCGGACACUGAGUCAUUUUCUACAACCUAGGAAACUCUCUCUACCAAGGGGAGGCAAAAAUGACACAUGCAGAGGGGCCGAGGCAUGCCACCCAGAGAACAGAGGAUGUUUUCAGUCAUGCUUCCUAAUGUUUUACAUUACCAACUUUGAUCAAGCCAAACGUCCUUUCACACCAACUUAGAAUGUACAAGACCAAGGACCUCCGCCAAGACAAUCAUGGAUCUCACUAGUGGCAGGCAGUCUAAAAUAACGAUUGAUUGAGAGCUACGACACAAUUUCCCUUUGUCCUCUGCACAUUCCAAAUCAGCAUCACCAUAGAAAAAGAUUCCCAAAUAUAUUACUUUCUCAUAAACAUUUACAAAGACCCAAUCAGGGUCUAAAUAGUUUUUUUGUUUUUACAUUUUUGUUACACCAUUGUAUCUUGAAGUGCAAUAACUAUAUCAUUUAACUUAAGUGUUCUUAAAGAUCAGCAUGUAACAAACUAUUACAGUACAUACAAAGUGCUGCUGGUGAAUGACGCAACAACUCCUUUAGUAUGAGUGGCAGAUUAAGGUGUUUGUACGAGAUCCUACACAUUCUUCAAUUCUCUAAACUGAGUACCUAUUAACAUUUUCAAACUUUGGUGCUAGACUCAGUUGAUUUUAAAAUGUGUACACCAUAGUAAUCUUUUCAAUUUCAGAAAGCCAUCUUGUUAAAUGGAAGUCAAACUCUCAGCGGAGCCUUCUCUUCAUUAACAAAACACACUUAAUUAUUCUUACUCGUGAGAGUGAUAAUUAAAAAGUGACACAUUAAUGAAUUUACUUGCAAUGCUUGCAUAAAUCUUGUCAUUGUAACACUAUAAGUACAUUUAAAGUAUACAUUGUGAUGCUGUAGGUAUUGAGACAGAAUAUUAGACUUAAAUAACAGAUAUUAUGCUAUUUUAAUUGGGGUUGGAGAUAACAGGAACUUCCCUCGGUGAUUAAAGAGCCAAGCUUGUUUAUCUGCAAAAUAGGCAGACCCAUGGGAAAAGCUCUUCAAGCUGAACUUAUCCAAAGCCAUAUACCGUAAGGGGGCCGUGGUCCAUGGAGAAACCAGGAGAGGCUUACAAGACAAUAUAUGACUGCUGUUAAUUACAAAAUAAAUUACAUAUUCUCUUGAGAGCUAUUAAAACAGUUUGACCCUGGCUUUCACAAACAGCCAAACAAGAUAAUGUACGGGAUACACAGGAUGAAGUAAUCAACAACUGGGCCCAAGAAGAAUAUGGCAAAACAUAUUAACAAUUAAAAUGGCACCCAGCCUUCAGUACAAGUAACUCCAUUUGAGCCAGAUUACAUUCUUAUUCCUAAUGUGCAACAUAUUGAUUGUUUAAUAUGUAGUACAAGGUGCCAAUGUGAAGUUGUACUUAAAAAUGAAAACCAUAUAUUGUAACCCAACACUUGCACUUGGCCCCACAUUGAAAAACAAUGUGUUUUCAUUGUGUACUAUAUGAGCAGCACACUCAGAAACAGAGUAAUAUAUUGUAACAAUACGUGGCACCACUCUAACCACAGGCCGGUUGGCAUUCCACGACUCAGUUUAGAUUGGCCGAUGAAAAUAAACAUCUCCCUACAGCAGACGCAGCAUCCACCCCGUAUAAAAGAACAUGAUUGAAUCCAGGUGUGGGAAGAGAUAAGUCCUGUACAAAUACAAUGGUUGUGUAAGGUCAGCUGAGGAGGCCCAACAGCUGUCGAGCAACUGGAGGAAAUGUAAAACCAAAGACAUCAAGAGAAAUAACAGCGAGAUUAUCUAGUGAGGGAUUUAAUUUUGGGGUAACUGUUUGGUAAAGGGAACAAAGGAAGGGGAAAUAUUAGUGGUCUUUGGCCUUACAGUCCAUCACUUUGAAAUUGGUUGCACAUGGAAGAAUGCAGGUUUUUUUGAGGAGAAUGCUUUGACAGGAGAAUUGGCUUAUUCAUGAGGAGAAGUUAUCAGAGGAGUUUGAAUGACAAGGUAACAAUAAUAGGCUGAGUGAGCCAUUAUGCAGGGCUUUGCAUGGGAAAGAGAGCUGGAAACAUUUACUUCAAAAGAAGAUUAAAGAACCUCUGCAAUGUUUGGUUUAGUGACUUACUGUAAGAAAAACUUUCCAAAGUCUUUAGAAUAAAAUAAAGUGAGUUUAAGAUGGAAUGGAAGAUACAGAUAAAACACAUUGCAUGGAAAUAAAAUGCAUAUCUCAUUGAAUCUCAGUGGGAAUGGCAGUAGAAGUAGCAAUUGUUGUCUUUUACAGGGAGUCAUUUAAUGUUGAUGUCACAAGUAUGGCUUAAUGGAGCUUUGUGUAUUUUUGCUUUACACAUUUAAAGGAAUAGUUCCACAUUUUGGGAAAUAAGCUUGUUGCUUUGUUGCCAAGAGUUAGACGAGGAGAUCGACAGUACUCUCAUUUCUGUUCAUUAAACAUGAGGUUACAGUCAGCAGCCUGUUAGCUAAGCUUAGCAUAAAGACUGGAAACAGAGGUUAACAGCUAGCCAUGGUCUCCUAGAAUCAACGAUGGUAGCAUGGAGAAAAAAAGAAAGCUUGUCAUUUCCAUGCUUUAACUAGAAAAAACUUUUAAUCAACCAGAAAACACCAAGACUUUUUUAGUCACACGUUCAUCCAUUUUCCCUCAUGAAAAUCACUCAUUGCAGCUGAUUUCAAGGAGAUCAUAAUUUAUUAUUGACCCUUUCCACCACUUUCUGGAGUUUGCGAAGAGAGUUAUAUAUUUGCCAAUGUGCUCUAG